AUGAACCUUAAUUUUGAAUUGGGGAAAUAUUCCAAUUUUGAUUUCAGAGCUGCCUCAGAAUGGAUAGCCAAACAUUCUAUUGGCAAAAAAAGACUGGUUAUUGCAUUACAGUUUUCUGAAUCUGAUGUUAAAUAUGCACCAAGAAUUCAAUUUCUUAUGGAAGAGCAAAUAAAUUGCAUAGUUUCAAACGAAGGCAGUUCCAAAGAUCAGUGCAAUAUUCGAUUUUUUGUUUUAUGCGAUGUUGCGAACCCAAAAUGUUGCUUAGAUGUCUUGAACAUCAAAAAGUCACAUUCGGAUUUAGUAAUACACUUUGGGUACAGUUGUUACCAUAAUAUUGGGUAUUUCAAACUACCUGUUUACUUUAUCCCGUCUUCCUCAGAUUUUUUUGAAGUUUCAGACCCUAUCAUUUUCCGUGAGAUUGCACAUUUUUUGCAUGAACACCUCAAAAAUAAACUUAAUGAGCAAAAUAACUCCUCUAAAACAAUUAAUGUGAUCUUUUCAUUCCAAGGCAUAUUAAAAGAUAAGUUUCAAUCAAUAUUAUUGGAUGAAAUAAGAAAGUUGGGUUUGAAUGAAUAUAAUGACAAAAAAAAAGCUUUCUUGUACCUACUUUCUCCAAUUAAUGUUACAGACUGUUUUCAAAAUAAAGACCUGGAAUUUAUUUUUGAUUUACUUUUGACCAAAAUAGGGCACGAUAAAGAUUUGAAACUGGACGAAUUAGAGAAAGAGAAUUCCCAGAAAUCCAAUAAUGAAAAUUCAAAUGCUUCUGUAAUGUUCUUCCAUUUUAUUUCCAAAGAUAAUAAAUAUUCCAAUCUUCCAAAUUCUUUUCUAGAAAGAAUUAUCUUAAGAUACAAUCAAAUAUUUGAAAUUUUUUUAUGUCAAACAAAUGAUUCAACCUCUAAAAUAGAGCUAAACUUAAACGCUUUGGAUGAAUUAAACUCUAUUAUAUCUAAAAGGUUUAUUUCAAUUGAAAAGGCAAAGUCAAUCCAUACUACAAACCACGUUGCUUUUGUGAUCACUCCUGGAAUAACACCAACGGAGUGGAAAGUUAUUGAAUUUUUUAAAAGGCACAAAUAUAGGCGAAAUACGGAUAAUGGAAACAAAGUAAAUAUUGAAACUCACAUAAUUUCUUUAACAGGAGUGAGUGAAGUCAAGCUUAGAAACUUUCCAGAUAUUGAUAUUUUCUGUUUUUUUGGUUGUUCCGAAUAUUUUUUAUCCCAUAUUAUUAAGAAACUCAGUUUGAAAACUCCAAUUAUUCUUACGCCAUUUGAGUAUCUGGUGUUUCUUGGAGUUAAAGAAUGGAGUACAUGUCAUUUAAGUGUAUCUGAUUUACAAUUUCCUAAUAUAAAUGAAGUAAAUCAUUCUACUUCCACUCAUUUGUCUGAUUCAGAUGACUCUGAAAUAGACCAAGAUCUUUCAAAAUUGUCAAUCGAAUGUUCAGAGACAUUUAGUAAUAACAAACUUGCCACCAAAUCUGUAUCUUAUUGUCUACAUAAUAUUGAUAAGAAAACUAGAAACCUAUUAAUAUCUCUAAGUUCAAUUAAAAAUAAACAUGAAAACACCUACUUUGGCCUCAAUCCUUUGGAAAAUACCGACCAUAUACCUACUAUUACUUGUGGAAGAGAUGGAAUUGCAUCUAUGUAUAACAACGAAACUAAAUAG